AUCAAAAACCCAAAAGAAAAAUCAAUCAAUCAAUCAAGAACCAGAAGAAUACGAAGAAACGAAUUCCUCAGAGAAGAAGAAGAAGCCCUAAUUAUACCCCCAAAAGAAAGAAGAACUUGUUCUGUCUUAGUUAUUAGGGCAAAAUCAAAGAAAGAAACUCUCCAGAAUUCAGUGAAGACGAUUAUUCACAAGGAAUUUUACCACAUUGUGAUGUUCAUUAGUACAAUCCAGUGAUUAUUAAGAAAGAUGAGUAGUAGAGUUACAAGAAACAGCAAGAACAAAAAGAGUAGAUAUGAGGAAGAAGCUGGAUCUGCCUCUGAAAUCUUAAGGAGAAUAUGUGCUACUGGUGAUGUUACCAAAGAAGAUAUAGACCAGUUAUAUUGCAUUUCUAAACCUGUUUGUCAAGGUUGUCGUGUGAAUUCGAAAGAUAAUCCUAACUGUUUCUGUGGACUUGUUCCACCUUCUAACGGAUAUAGAAAGGCAGGUCUAUGGCAGAAGAUACCAGAUGUUUUACUUAAUCUUGGUCAUGAUCCAUCUGAGGAACUCCGUGUGGACGAAGGUUGGCCUGCUGGUUUAACUAAUCUUGGUGCUACGUGUUAUGCUAAUAGUAUACUUCAGUGUUUGUAUAUGAAUUUGAAGUUUAGGGCUGGUGUUUUCGCGGUGGAGCCGGAGUUGUUGAGGCAGAAUCCUGUGCUGGAUGAGUUAGCAAAGCUGUUUGCUGGGUUGCAUUCGAGUGUGAAGGCUUUUAUUGAUUCGUCUCCAUUUAUUAAAAAGUUGGAGUUGGAUAAUGAGAUUCAGCAGGAUAGUCAUGAGUUUCUUACUUUGCUUCUUAACUUGCUGGAACAAUCUCUUAGCCACUCUAAGGUUCCGAAUUCGAGGACGAUAGUACAAGAUCUCUUCGUUGGAAGUGUUUCAAAUGUGACUCGAUGCUCAAAGUGUGGACAAGAUUCCGAAGCUUCUUCAAAGGUGGAAGACUUUUAUCAUCUUGAGUUAGGCAUCCAAGGUUUCAAAAACUUGGAUGAGAGUUUAGAUGACUAUCUUAGCGUGGAAAAGUUAAGUGGGGACAACCAGUAUUCGUGCGUGCCAUGUGGUACACGAGUUGAUGCUGCUCGAUGGAUUAAACUGCGCACCCUUCCAGAUGUGCUUAAUUUCCAGCUCAAGCGCUGCAUUUUCCUUCCAAAGAGUACCACAGGGAAGAAAAUAACUUCGUCAAUUAGUUUUCCGGGAGAACUGCAAAUGAAUCACAGAUUGAAUGAGCCAUCCCAGUCAGAAUUAUUAUACGAUUUGUCAGCAAUACUUGUUCAUAAAGGAGCUGGUGUAAAUUGUGGGCAUUAUUUAUCAAUUAUUAAGGAUGAACGAACCGGAGAAUGGUGGGAAUUUGAUGAUGAGACCGUGUCAAAGAAAGGUUAUCAUCCAUUUGGAGAAGACUCUUCUAGCUCCACUGCAGAACCAAUGGAAACUGAACCAAAUUUGCAGCCCCCUUGUUCUGAACAAAUGGUUGUUUCUAAUGGGAAUCAUGUCGAUGUUGGUCAAAUGCAUUCUUCAGCUUCUAAUAAUGGUUGUCAGGCAAAGACCUUUGAAUCAGCUGAUGCAUACAUGCUGAUGUAUCGUCGUCGAAGCACCACAGAAAGCAAAAACAAAGCCUUCAAAGAUACAGAAAGAUGUAGUGAGCCAGAGCCUCAACGCGAUGAUAAAUGUCUCCCACCUCAUCUCCUUGAUGAGAUGAAGAUAUUGAACGACUCGUAUCUCUAUCUUUGCCAAAGUCACAAGCAGAAAAAGGAGAAAGAGACGGCAGGAAUUGUAGAACGAAGACAGGAAGUGAGAUCCAUUCUCUCAGAAGCUCCUGCUUCUUCAGUUGAAGAGCCUUACUUCUGGAUAACUACAGACUGGCUUCGCCAAUGGGCUGAUACCAAUUCCCCUCCUGUCAUUGACAACACAUCAAUUCAGUGCUCACACGGUCGAGUUUCAGUUUCAAAAGUUGGCUCUAUGAAGCGUUUGUCAGAAGCAGCCUGGACAAGGUUGCUUUCCAAGUAUGGUGGUGGGCCAACACUAUCCAAUGAUGACCUCUGUAUCGAAUGCCUAAGGGAUGGGGCGAAGACGAUGGUUCGUGCGAAUGACUAUAGGGAUCAAAGAUCCUCUUUCAAGGAGAUUGCAGAUGCCUCACUUGCUGGAAAAUCUCUGGAUGGGACGUUGUACUAUGUAUCUAGGCCUUGGUUGCAACAGUGGUCACGGAGAAAAAAUGUGGAUUUUCCUGGUGAAGCUGACAUUGGCCCAACAGCUUCAAUUAGGUGUCCCCAUGGAGAGCUUAUGCCGGAACAAGCGGCUGGGGCGAAGCGUGUGUUGAUUCCGGAGGAUCUCUGGCUCUUUCUUUAUGAAGAUUCCAACAAGGUGAAACCUGGAGAUGUUUUGGGUUGUUCAAAAUUUCCGUCGGAGGCAGAAUCAUGUGCUAUAUGCAGUGUCGAACUUAAUGAAGCGGCAUGCUUUGAAGAUACUCUGAGAGCAGCAAAGCUCAAAGAACGCCAGAACCAUGAGAAGUUACUUCUGGGAAAGAAUGAUGCGCUUAAUCCAGGCAGCAAGUAUUACUUGUUGCCUUCAUCAUGGCUUGCUAAGUGGAGAAGUUACAUUACAGCAAGUGGGAAGAUGGUGUCGUCACCUGUGGCUGCCAGACCUGACCCUUUAGAGGGCGUUAUCGAUUCUCUGAUAUGUGGGAAACAUUCGCGGCUGUUAGAAAGGCCUCUGGAUCUUUACUGCAAACGUGGUCUUAUUCUUCAGAAGCCAUCUACCACAGAUGGAUUGACUUUAAUCUCAGAGAAUGACUGGAAGUUCUUUUGCGAAGAUUGGCAAGUUGCCAACUCGAAAUGUGUAUCUGCUGAAAUUGAGUUCUCUAAUGGUGAUGUGAAGAAAUUAGUUGGAUCUUCUGAAGAGAUGCCAAUUUCAGAAGCAAACCUGAAUCCUUCAAAUGAUGAGCUUGAGCCAAGGCAACCUACUAUUAAGACUUAUCCGAUGAUAUGCGAAGAAUGCAUAGGAGAAAGAGAAAGCAGAGAGCUAACACAGAAAUUAAGCUAUUUCGAUAAAGAGAUUUCUGUAGUUCUCGUACGUGGAAAGGAAGCUCCAAGAUCUGUUCUUGAUGCUUCUUGUGCAGUUUCUGACCCAGAUAGGCGCGUUUCCAAGCGCUCCCGCAAGACUUCAGAUGGCAACACAGUAAACUUGAAAGUGUCUGGUUCCAUGUCAAUCUAUCAGUUGAAAAUGAUGAUUUGGGAAUCAUUUGGGGUCAUCAAGGAGAAUCAGAUGCUACAUAAACGUACCAGGCAAAUUGAUGAGGAGUCUGUUACUCUAGCUGACAUGAAUAUAUUCCCAGGAGAUGUGCUCUGGGUCAGAGAUUCGGGAAUCUACGAGAAUCGUGAUAUCGCAGAUGAAAUCUCCGGACAGCAUUCGGAUGUCAAGCGAACUGAGGGAGGAUUUCGUGGGACACUUCUUACUGCAUGUAUUUCGAACCAGGACCAGUAAUUUCUGAUGCUUCCAACUGAUAUACAAAGUAACACUAAACUGUCCGAGUUCGUUUGGCAACACAUCAUUACCUUACAUCCACCAGUCUACCUGGUUUUCUUGGAUAGCAAUUUUUUGUGCUCCCGGUGUUUGAUUGGAUGUGCAGUUUUAAAUGAGUAUAUUUUGUCCCUCUUGAAUUGCUAUAGUCUUGAGCCUUGAGAAAGACUAAUUGUAAGAAAUCAUCAUCCUGCCUGGUGACUUGGAAAGUUUACACCGGUAGGAUGUCGGAAUAUUUUCCCAUUUUACAAUGUGUGUUCAUCUAGGUUUGCAUUUAUAUUUUGAUUGGGCUGCAUACAUGUCAUAUAGGGUGUUCAUUUGGCUGUAAAAAUAUGUUGCAUCUUUCACAGUAAGUUUUCUACUAUAAGUGGGUCAAAUGUUCAUAGACUGUUACUCUGCAAUGAGUUGGGCUUGAAAAAGCUACUAUUUGUCGAAGUUGCGUGGAAGAUUAUUUUGCAGGUUAUAAUGUCACUCUCCUAUGAAUUUAUAUGCCUUUAGCUUA